AUGAUGAACAAUAAUAACUCUGACAGUUUAAAUGUAUUACCAUCAACUAUAGCAAAGAGUAUCAUUGACUUGGUAUUAUAUCGUGAUUGGGUGUCAGAUGAUAUUAAUCGUAAUCGUCGAUCAUUAUUGAUCGAGAAUGCAUUGAAUCUUUCAAAAGUUUGCAAGAGAUGGUUAAAGAUUACAAGUAGUGUAUUUGUACAAUACUAUAGUACUUUAAUAGUACGAUCUACUAGUAUAACCUAUAUCAAAAGAUUACAACAAAACAUAGAGUCACCAUUUUGUUUAUUGUAUCAUUAUCCUCUGCCAAAGGUUGAAUUGGUAUUUGGUUAUGAUUAUGAACAGAUUUCAUACAACACUAUGAAACAACUUGUUCUGCUCAAGAUUCAAUCAACUCAACAAAACAAUCAACUCUUAAGAUUACAACACCAACAACUCUACAAACAACGCAACACAGAAUGGUCUCAAUUUUCAAAUCUAAAGCAUCAAAUAGAACAUCAACCAACAUCAACUCGAUUGAAACCAUUACAACCAAAAGUUAUACAAUACAUUUAUAAUGAAAUGAGACAACCACCACCAAAUGUACAUUUCGAAUCAGUCACUCAACUAGAAGAUCGACUACGACUCUUGUACAGCAGCAAUAGUGAUCAAAAUCUUCUAUCAAUUGAUCAAGCCAUAAAAGAAAAUGAAUUGAAAAGUUCUCCAAAUAAUAUUAGUAAACAAUCAGCAAUCUUUAAUCAACUAGUACAAUUAUUUACAAAUAGAGCCGUGUUUGGUCAAAUAACAACAUUGGAUAUAUACACAUACGAUGAUAUAGAUGUUGAUGUAUUGAUACCUAUUGUACAACAAGGAGGUAAUCAAUUGACAACUCUAUUUCUAGACGGUAGACACAAUCAAAAGGUUUGUCAAGCUAUACUACCAAUUGCAAUGAAUCUAACUACUUUGGCAUAUAGAGAUAGUUUGGUUUAUAGAGAUAAUGCAAUUAACAACAACAACAAUCCCAAGAAGGAAUACAACAAUCAUAAUACAUUAGAGAGAUUAUAUUUGGUGACACCAGAUACCAAUAUAUUAAUUAAUAUAUUUAAGAUAUCUAGUGGCGGUAGUGGUGGUGGUGGAUUGAUAUUUAAUAAUUUAAAGUAUCUUCAAAUCCCAUCUAGUCAACAACCAUUCAUGCCUUGGAAUCAUUUCAAAGUAUCUCUACCUCUACUAGAGGUACUAAACAUGGAAGGUGAUUUUAAAAAUCCUUGUCCUGCAUUGAUAGAUUAUUUAAUAGCAAGAGGAGGAGAGGUUCAAUAUAUUGCACCGAUCCAUUUAACUCUUGAUACGUUUCCACUCAUUCAAUACCUUCCCUAUUAUUUAGAUCUAACGAUCAACAUGCUCAGCUGUACAUUCCCACCAAUCAAAUACCAUCCAUCAUUGUUGGGAUUGAAUUUUUGUUCUAUUGCAUCAAAAGACGAACUUUUAAAGUUGGAUCCAUUUCAAAACAUCCCAUUUACAACAUUGAAAAGUUUGAAAUUGGAAAUACGCAGCCUAGACGCCAUCACACCAUACCUAGACAGAUUCAAACAAUUAGAUACACUUGUCAUAUUCCAUAGAUCGUUUUCAGAUACCGUAGAUGAAUCAUUAUAUCAAAAUAUUUCACAAAUCCAAACACUCACACAUCUAGACUUGAGAAAGAUGAAUAGUAAUAAUAAUAAUAAUAAUCAUCAUUAUGAUCAACAACAAUUACCAUAUACUAUUACAAAGUUUGUCAUUGACUUGAUAUUAUAUUGUGAUAGAGAUCAAUAUAUUGAUAGCCAAUCAUUGAUCGAGAAUGCAUUGAAUCUUUCAAAAGUAUCAAAGAGAUGGUUAAAGAUUACAAGUAGUGUAUUUGUACAAUACUAUAGUACUUUUAAAUUACAAUUUACUCUUGCUCAAAGACAUGUUGACUAUAUUAAAAGAUUACAACAAAAUAUAGAGUCACCUUUUUGUUUGCUACAUCACUAUCCUCUGCCAAAGAUUGAAUUGGUAUUUGGUUAUGAUUAUGAACAGAUUUCAAUCAACUCAAAGUCAUUUAAAUCUAUUACUAGAAAUACAAACAACUCUACAGCGCCUCAACACCGAUUGAGACUAGAUGUGGAUCCAAGAACUCAUCACCAUCAAUGGUCAAUCCUCAAACAACAAAUUCUAAAACACCCUCAAACAACAACAACAACAACCAUAAUACCAAUUCAACCACAACCUCCACAACAAAUUGUAUACUCUGAACAAAGACAAAGAGAAUUGGAUUACUUUAAAGAAAAUACAUCAACAAUUGAUACUUCACCAAAUACUAUUGACAAACAAUCAGCAAUCUAUAAUCAACUAGUACAAUUAUUUACAAAUAGAGAGGUGUUUGGAGAAAUAACAAUAUUGGAUAUCUACACAUAUGAUGAUAUCGACACUGAUGUAUUGCUACCUAUUGUACAACAUGGUAACCAAUUAACAACUCUAUUUAUUGAUGGUUUACACAAUCAACAAGGUUUUGAAAAUAACUUCAACAAAAAUAAUAAUAAUAAUAAUAAUAAUAAUGACAAGGAGGAGGAUGAAUUGAGAUUAUACUUGGUAACACCAGAUUGUACACCAGAUACCAACAUAUUAAAUAAUAUAUUUAAAUCUAGUGGUGGUGGUGGAUUAAUAUACAAUAAUUUAAAGUUUCUUCAAAUGCAAUUCAGUCACCAACUAUUCAUGGAUUGGGAUCGCUUCAAAGUAUCACUACCAAAUUUAGAGGUGAUAAAGAUGGAAGGACGUUUUAUGUCAAGAGAUGGAAAGGUUCAAUAUAUGGCACCUAUCAACUAUGAUAUGAACACCUCUCCACUUAUUCAAUACCUUCCCUAUUAUUUAGAACUAAUGAUAAACUCGAAUCAAUUGGCAUCAGAGAAUGAAUUACUUUGCCAAAAUAUUUCACAAAUACAAUCACUCACCUCUCUUGACAUGCUUAUUGGCGACGGACAGUGGAAUGGCAACUUUAAACCAAUGAUCAAACAACUUGUAAAUUUAAAGAUAUUUAAAACAGGUACAUCGAACUUGAAUCACAGUAAAUGGAUAUCAACUCAUUUUAAUAUUGAAAUGGAAAAUUAUGAAACAACUUUAACUAGAAAAUAA